AAUUGAAGUCCGUCCGUCCGCAUAGUGCGAUGUUUGCUUUUUGCUGUAAUUGAUGUAUUUGUGAAUUACAAACUUUUGUUGAAUCACGCGUGAAGCGUUGGAGUUAAUUAAAUUAAUAAAUUUCACACAGUGACACGUUAUCGCGCGUCAUUCGCCUUGUGUAUUUACGGCAAUGAUCACGCUUUAAGAAAGCAAAAAUGAAGCUUUUACUUUUCUUUGUUUUUAAAUUUAUUUUAGUUUAUUUUUGCUUAUGUGAAAUUAGUGAUGAAGAGAAAACGAAAUUGGCGAACAGUGUGGUGCAGUAUCUGAACAAUUUGCCAGAUCAAUCUGUAGUUUACGAAGAAGGCGAGUUCUUAGGAUCACAAACUUUACCCAACAAUGAGUACCUUGUUGAGGUAAAGGUACGCGCCUCCGAAGCAAACAACGUGUACAUAUCAAAGAGUUUAAACUGCACUGCUACCGUGAAGUAUGAAGCAGAACAGGACCCAACAGUAUCUACCGCUCAAUGUACGAACUACAUCGAGACAAGCACGGAUAAUAUGGAGGAGCUUGUUACCGACCUAACGACAAUGUCAAGAGGACCAGUGGAACUGGAUAACGAGGUGCAGAUGAAUAAUUCAGUCACUUCUGGAGAGCAAUUCAUCGCAGUUCGCCGGGAGGGUCCUGCGCCUUGCAUUGGUUGUUCGUCACGUGUUGACCCUACCGCACCCGGUGUCCAGGAGUUAGCCAACUUGGGUGUCAUACAGCUCAACAGGCAUGAACCCAACACACGGCAUGUCCUAGAUAAAGUCCUAACUGUAGAAAGGCAAGUCCAGGUAACAGGUGGAGUAAGAUUUAUUUUAACGUCUACUGUCGAUUAUAACAACUGUUCAACAACUGAAACUGAAUCGUGUAAAUUCCAACAAAUCUGCCAAGUGUCGAUUUUAGAAAAGCCGUGGCAGCGAUUACCUGACGGGUCAAAGUUUCGAGCUAUCCUCGCUAACAAUUGUACUGAAGAGUGGCUGUUCGGUGAUGAUGGCAGUCCUGCACCGAUAGAAUGGAAUUAUUAUACAGAGAGCAAUGCGAAUGAAACCACAGAGCCAUCGGGAAUUCCUAACGACAAUCAUAUUUCAAGUGCCGAAUCUGAUAACAUUGUUAAAGUCAGGACAAAUAGUGACGUACAAGCUCAACCAACAGUAGAAAAGACUCUUACUGAUGAGCAGAUGAGAGAUUUGGAGGAUCAAAUAAUACCGCGUAAUGCUUUAAAUAAACAGCAUAAUUCGGUUAAUCCUGACACGGUUUCAAGUACUUCACCAACUUCGGACAAUAAAGAAGAACAACUUAAGUUACAAGUUAAAGUAUCCGAUAAUUCUGCAUCAUUCCAAAAAUCUUCAUUACGGGAUAGUGAUGUCUUUACUGAUGAUAAAAAGAAAGCUAUCGAUGACCUAAUGAAUUUUUUUGACUUUGCUGGAUAUGGUUCUAAAGCUGAUGAAAUUGAUACUGCUAGAAAUAAAAGAGAUUAUGGCGCUGACUUACAAACUCUAUCACUAGUAGAAAGUUUUCAAAAUAUGAGGAAGAAAAUUCAAAGUGCUCGUUUUGUACAUUCUCUAGCACAACUUAUGGUAGAUUAUCUUAAUGAAAUGGACAUAGAAGUUAAAACAAGAGUUCUGAGUGACGUUUUAGGUGCAGAAGAAGAAUUUGAAAGUAAUUUACGUUAUUUCUAUAUUCAAGCUAGAGUGGCCAUUCCAUGUGACAACGUUAAAUGUAAAAAAAAGUAUAAGGAAGUAAAAAUUUGUAACGGAAUUGUUUCGAUGGAUGGUGCAAAGCCAUCGGUAUUACAUACUUUCUGCUAUGACGAAACUAAUGAAGCAUUAGGGAAAUUUAAGAGCGUCCAAAAGGAUGAUCCUAUACUCUUGAAAUUGAUUAACGAUGCUAUAAAACAAAUGGAUGUAGAAUCGUUGAGUCCCUAUGCUUUUAGAUUCAAAAACAUAUUUAACGCUGGAACACAACGAGCUUCAGGAAUUUUAACAAAAAUUACAUUGGAGGUUGAAUUUACUGAUUGUAACAAGACAGUGCCAAUUUUUAAGAGAAUUAAUUGCACAGCCCUUCCAAAUCUAGGAUCUAAGAUAUGUGAUAUUGAAAUUCACGAAAAAAAGUGGCUACAAGGAAAAAAAAUUGCUUACGACUGCACUGAAAGGCCAGUUGAUGAGACAUAUUCAAAUUCUUCCGAAGUAAAGUAUAAUUUUAUGAAAGGAAAAACAAUAAAUGAUGACCCACAAGUAUCAGAAGUAAUUCAGGAAGCUUUACAAUAUUUGGAAAUGAAAUCUAACAGAAAUAAUAAACAAAAACUUGUUGAAGUACAAUCCGUUUCAAUGCAACUUAUUUCUGGUCAAUUGAUGAACGUUUUGUUUACCGUUGGCUAUACCGAGUGUACUAAUGAAUUUAAAGAAGAUCUAAACCUAUGCAAACUAUUAGAGAAUGAACCUCUUAGAAAAUGUACAGUGGAAGUUUGGGAAAGAACUUGGUUAGACGAAGGAAGACAAGUCAAAGUAAUAUGUGAUGACACAUUAAACGUCACUGCAGGAAACGAUCAAAUAAAACUUCGAAAAAAAAGAAACACUGAUCCUAAUACAAAUUUUGUUGGAGGGCCACUACAGAAAAAUAUUGACGAUCCAGAAUACUCUGCUCUGGCACAAGAGUCUUUACAAAAAUACCUCAAAACGUCUGGAAAUAAUCGGCAUUAUCAAUUAAUUCAAUUAGAUAACGUGAGCGUUCAAGUUGUUGCCGGAAAACUAUCAAAGAUCGACUUCCGCAUUUCUCCUACCAAUUGUCACGUAAAUGAUAUAGGACAGCCGAUUGAAACUAAUUGUGAAGUGGAAACUGGUGCUGAUGUCAUAUCUUGUCAUUCUAAGAUAUGGGAAAGACCUUGGAUAAAUAGUAAAGAAAUCUCUGUUACAUGUGACGUUAAAGACGGAAAGAAUAGACUAAAGAGAAGCAUAGAAAUUAAAGGCAACGAAUUAGAUAAAAAUCCAAAUGAUUCUAAAUAUUUCGAACUAGCUGAAGGCUCUUUAACACAUUACUUGUUGACUUAUGGUAUUGAACAACAUUAUAAAGUUGUUCAGGUGGAAAAAAUAAAAACAAAACUGAAUUCGGAGCAAGAGCUAACGAAGAUUGAUUUUCUGGCAGCGCCGACCACUUGCCAGAUGCGAAACGGCCAGCCUAGUUCUCCACAUUGUGAAGUACUGAAAUCUGGCGAUUAUUUAAAUUGUCUUGCUGACAUAUUGGUAAAUACAAUGUUACACAGCAGAACGCUCAAUGUAAACUGUCAAGUUGACGAAAAGAAAUUCAGGAGAAAAAGGCAAGUUCCCGGUGGAAAAAUGUCGAAAGAUAUAAAUGAUCCUAAAUAUCAAAAGCUAGCAGAAGAAUCUGUGAGUAAAUAUCUUGUAUCAUCGGGUACAACUCAAUACCAUAAAAUUAUCAAAAUCAAUAAAGUUACCACUCAGGUGGUGUCUGGAUCUAAAACGCGAAUUGACUUCACAGUAGCACCUACUAACUGUGUUGUAGACAGCAACGGCCAACCAACAGCGUCCAACUGCGAAGUUCAGAGUACAGCCAACACAUUAACAUGCCAUUCAGAGAUCUGGGAACAACCCUGGCUAAAGAAGAAAGAAAUCACUGUAAAUUGUACCUCUAAUAACUCUAGGAAGAAGAGACAGAUAGCUGGAGGGGAGUACGAACAAGACCCAAAUAAUGCGGAGUACAGACAGUUGGCUGAAGAAUCUCUAAGUAAAUAUCUUGUGUCGUCAGGUACAACUCAAUACCAUAAAAUUAUUAAAAUCAAUAAAGUUACCACUCAGGUGGUGUCUGGAUCUAAUACGCGAAUUGACUUCACAGUAGCACCUACUAACUGUGUUGUAGACAGCAACGGCCAACCAACAGCGUCCAACUGCGAAGUUCAGAGUACAGCCAACACAUUAACAUGCCAUUCAGAGAUCUGGGAACAACCCUGGCUAAAGAAGAAAGACAUCACUGUGAAUUGUAUCCCUAGUAACUCCAGGAAGAAAAGACAGGUAGCUGGAGGGGAGUACGAACAAGACCCAAAUAAUGCGGAGUACAGACAGUUGGCUGAAGAAUCUCUUAGUAAAUAUCUUGUAUCAUCAGGUACAACUCAGUACCAUAAAAUUAUCAAAAUCAAUAAAGUCACCACUCAAGUAGUAGCUGGAUCGAUGACGCGAAUUGACUUCACAGUAGCCCCUACUAACUGUGUUGUAGACAGCAACGGACAACCAACAUCGUCCAACUGCGAGGUUCAGAGUACAGCCAAUACAUUAACUUGCCAUUCAGAGAUCUGGGAACAACCCUGGCUGAAGAAGAAAGAAAUCACUGUAAAUUGUGUCCCUAGUAACUCCAGAAAUAGGAGAUCCUUAGAUUUAGCAAUUAGCAAUUUGAAGAGUAAUUCAUUGAGUAAUAAAAUUGAAGAUAGAUCAAGACGUUCUAAUAGAAAAUCCGGCGGUCAACAAGAACAAGAUCCGAGUAAAGACGAAUACAGAGAAUUGGCUCUAGAAUCUUUGCGCCACUAUCAACGUGCCCAAAAGAGUGAAUUUAGCCAUAAAUUAUUGGAAGUAAAACAUGUGGUUACACAAGUUGUAUCUGGAGUAUUAUAUAAAAUUGAUUACAUAGCUGCCCCGACAAAAUGUCCUUUAAACGCAUCGAAUUUGGACGUUUGUGACGUAGUUAAAAACAUUUAUCUUUAUUGUCGAGCAGAAAUAUGGCAUCGUCCUUGGCUAAAACGGAAGAAUAUUAAUGUUAAUUGUAAUUCUGAUGUAAGUGGCGAAGAUGAUGAUGAUUCUGAUACUGAUCAAAGGAAGACACGUAGUAUGCCAAGCCAAAUGAAUGCGAGAGAUCGUAACGAUAAAGAAAAUAUGUUUUUAGCAGAAAAAGUGUUAAGGACAUAUGAAAAUAUUCAAGAUGCUGAAAAACUAUAUAAGGUUUUUAAAAUACAUCAUGCUAUUUUACGACAGGGUGGAUUAGUUAAGAAACUAGAUUUUACAGCUGUGGAAACUAAAUGUUUGAGAAACCUGCAUCCUAACAGUAGUAAUUGUGAAUUAACAAACCCUAGAAUUUUGUUGAGUUGUCACGCAGAAAUCCCAUUGUUUUCGGAUACAAGUUUCAGAAAAGAAAUGGAUAUAAAAUGUAAAAAACAAAAUGGAAACAGUCGUAGAGCUAACAUGAUACUAGAGGAGGAGAAAGAGUGGAUGGAGAGGGGAAAGCGACAAACCCCUGACGAUGGGUAUAUUGAUGACGAUCUUAAGUAUUAUUAUGCAGAUCGUGCUGUGGGCAGACUCAAUCAACAAUCUGAUAUUCAUAACUUAUAUAAACUAGUUACAAUUCACGACAUUCGGCAGUCCACGCAUAUGGAUACUUCAAUGGUUCGAAUGUUUUUCGAAGUUGCCAAGACUUACUGCAUGCGUGGUGAGGAAGAGAAUGAAUUACCACAAUGUGUCGAAAUAGAAGGACAAAAUCAUAAAAUAUGCCACGCUCGGAUUUUCCCUACUCCGGAAGAUGAGUUGAUUAUUAGUCAUGUUAACGUUAUUUGCGACGACCAGCCUUUGGAAUGGUUGGAAGUGACUGGUUACUUAAAACAUGAUUUAUUAUAUGCAUCUCUACUUGUGCUCAAUAGAGCCCCAGGCUCUUCUUACGUCGUAUCAGCUGGUGAGUCAUAUAUGCAACCCACCCUUGACUACGCGAAGCCGGUAAAAUUGAUGUACCUAAUCGCUGACACUAAUUGUUCAAAGAGUCAAAAAGAAUUGGAUGACACAGUAGCGUGUACUGUAAAUGAAGCGAUACCAUUAAGGAAAUGUCAUUCAGAUAUAUAUUUAACACCUAACACUAGACAAAUAAAUUAUGUCAAUGUUUCUUGUUCCAAUCCAACCUCACCGCGUAAGAGGAGGAGUAUUCCAAUAACAUCAACUAAUGCUACUGCUGAAGAUUUGCAAAUACAAAAACUGGUAGAAGAGUCCUUAGAAAAAUUGGAAGGAGUUUCUGUGCACAGGUACAAACAGAGAGUUCUGUUGAUAAACAGCUUUUCCAGUAAAGUUGACUCAGGGAAAUUGACCACUAUAGACUUUGAUGUUGGUUACACAAACUGUUUAAAAUACGAAUGGGUCGACAACAUUACAAAUUGCGAAUUCUUAGAACAUCUGCCGAGAAGACACUGCGUUUCGCAAAUAAGAGAAAGAUUAUGGAUAGACAAUGGAAAAGACAUUCAAGUAAAUUGUGAUGACGAUGAAACACCUCUAGAGGCCAACAUGGAAUUUGAAAGUGCCGAAGGCGCCACAGCUUUGGCAAAUGAAGCUUUAAAAAGAAUAGAAUAUAAAUACCCGCAUCCGCGAAGGCAGAAAGUAGUAAGAAUAUUUACUUUAGAAACGCAAAUGAUAGCCGGUAUGCACUAUCGAAUGAAAUUAGAGGUUGGAUAUACAGAUUGCAUGGCAUUAUCGGAGGAGGAGAAUUGCAAACUAGUCAAUGAGUACGGAUUGCACAGGUUCUGCCGAGUAAACAUCUGGCUGCGGCCGUGGACAAGUCACCCGCCAAGUUACAGGGUUACUUGUGACUACCAGGACGGGGCAACUGACGACGUUUUCCAUCAAAUACAAGCAGAGCAACUGUUCCACCACUUUUUGACGACGCAUAAACCUGAUUAUAUUAAUUCUCGCAGUGAAUUGCAGAAACGUUUCCAAAUAUUUAAAAACAACGUUAAAAAGAUUCACGAACUGAAUAUAUAUGAACAAGGCACGGCUCGGUAUGCGGUGACUCGUUUUGCAGAUUUGUCGUAUGAAGAAUUCAAGAGCAAGUUCUUGGGCUUGGAUCAGUCUCUUAGAGAUGAGAACCAAGUGCCGAUGCCUCAAGCGGAGAUACCAGCGCUGCAGGUGCCGACAGAGUUCGACUGGAGGGACUACGACGCCGUCACGGAGGUCAAAGAUCAAGGCGCGUGUGGCAGUUGCUGGGCAUUCAGUGUUACAGGCAAUAUCGAAGGUCAGUGGAAGAAGCAUACUGGAAAACUGGUGUCGCUGUCGGAACAAGAGUUGGUGGAUUGUGACACUCUGGAUCACGGCUGCAACGGUGGUCUGCCGGACAAUGCUUACAGAGCAAUAGAGCAGCUUGGUGGUUUAGAGUUGGAGUCUGACUACCCGUACGAUGGCGAAGAUGACAAGUGUGCCUUCAACGCGAGUCUAUCGCGAGUCCAGAUCAGCGGCGCCGUCAACAUAUCUUCCAACGAAACUGACAUGGCCAAGUGGCUGGUCGAGAAUGGCCCUAUUUCUAUUGGUAUUAACGCGAAUGCCAUGCAGUUCUACGUGGGCGGUAUAUCUCACCCCUGGCGCUUGCUGUGCAACCCUACCAACUUGGACCACGGCGUACUCAUCGUCGGAUACGGUGAAAAAGAUUACCCGUUGUUCAACAAGAAGCUGCCGUACUGGACCGUGAAGAACUCCUGGGGCAAGUCGUGGGGUGAGCAGGGAUACUACCGGGUCUACCGUGGCGACGGCACCUGCGGAGUCAACCAGAUGGCCAGCAGCGCUGUCGUCUAAUGCUAUCUAACACUACCCAUUCUAUUCAUUCACAAGUAGGUUCUUUCACUCAAUUUCUAUUCUAUUCUUGCCUAAGUGGUCUUUUUGAGAAUUUACCUGUCCGUCUUACCUCUUUAUAGACCACAUCAUGUCUUGUGGCCAAAUGCGAAACAAUUUGUAAAUUCAGACAUUUUGAGAAUCGGUCCAAUAACAACUUACAUAAACAUAUAUAAAACAGCCUAUAUACGUCCCACUGCUGGGCACAGGCCUCCCCUCAAUCAACCGGAGGGGGUAUGGAGCAUACUCCACCACGCUGCUCCAAUGCGGGUUGGUCAGACAACUUACAACAACGAUAACAACUUGGUUGUUUUUAAUUUUAACACUUUCAUGGACACUGACCCUGUUCACGCACAUAAUGACAACCGCCCCGCGCCCGCGUCGGUCACCGCCCGCGUCCCCCGCGACACCCGCGAUGCCCCCGCGCCGCUCCGCGGGUCCCGGAUGCGAAUCCCAGUGGAAACAUACUUGUAUCACAAAUAUGACCUAGUUUGGUUAGGACAUUGCAGGCUGAACACCUGAUGGUCUUUAAGUAAGAUGAUCCGUGCUUUGCAUUUUAUUUGACUACUUUUUCAUCUAGCCUGUUAUAUUCUGCCUGUGUAUGUGUUGCCCUCCCAAACAACGUACUCACUCAAACAACUCAAACUGUCUGGUCGAGCGCUGAUCUCCAAGAGGCCCUUGAGCUUAGUUUCGGGAUCAGAGUUCAACAAUUCAUUCUUCUUGUUAUCGUGUGCUCAUCAACCAACAAUCAACAAUUCAUUUGUACAUAUUUAUUUGUCCUUUGUCCAAUCUAAGUGCACCACUACACACCUGUACGGUCACGAGCAUUAAUAUGUACACUUUGGUACCAUAUCACAUUACUUUUUUUGACAAAUUGAACUGUAAGUCUCACUAAAUGUCAAAUAUGUUAGUGCGACAGUCCUAAAGUGGGUACAUUAUAUUGCUCAUGACUGUACAAAUGUUCUUGGAAAUAAAUGAUUUUUUAUUUAUUUAUUAUUUGGUGGACACGUUAAGCAAUAAGUAUGUAGCCGUGUCAGGGGCCUUUGGCGGCCCUGUAUUGUACCCUGACACUUAGGGUUGUUGAGGUCGGACACUGAUCACCGGUCAUUAACCUACAUACAUAAGAUCACGCCUACUUCUCGUUGGGGUAGGCAGAGACCACUGACGGGUCAUUGACCUUUCAUUCGCAAUAAAAGACACUUGGGAUCGAGACAUCGCACAUUGACGCUGUGUCACAAAAAUCUAUAAAAAAUAAUUCUUUCUUUUUCACUUUAUUUUUUUAUUGUGUUUUUAUUUAUUUUUUAAAUCUUUUACACUUCACUCUCACUUCUAUAUGUCUGCCUUCGAUUUUUUGUCUGUUAAAACUGAUAUCUAAGCAUUGCAAUAUAGAUACUUAAUUUAAACAAGAUAACUAAGAUUAUUAAGCUUUUAUUUGUAUAUGUAUAAAUUGUCCUAUACAACGAUUUUUUCAAAUAAUGUGAAUUUUAUAUACUUAUAAAAUGUUUUAUUAGGGAAUGAAAUCCCAACUCGAGAUUGCAAAUUCGAGAUCCCCCGGGAUUGUAAAUAUCAAUCCCGCGACAUCCCGAAAUUUUCGGGAUGGUUAAUAGUGUUUGGGAAACAGAGAAUACGUCAGGUUAUUUCUUUUCUGGUAGAAUAGGGAGGAAUAAAUUUUAUUACAGGGGGUUAAAAUAGCCAGAUCGAAGCAAUUCAUCUAUGAAAGCAAUAUUGCUAUUUAACAUUUGAUUGCGUUGCGCACUUACUUUUAUAUGCGCAAUAGUCAAAUUGCAAUAUUGCUUUUUUAGAGGAAUACAAGCAUCUAUGACUCAGGGUCCAUUCUCUAUAUUUAGGUUUUUAAUAUUCCGCUAUCAUUAUAAUUUAUUGGUAUGCGAUAUCGAGGCAGACCACCAGCCCGAUGGUCGGAUGACAUUGUGAGGUACGCCGGAAAGCAAUGGAUGAGACUUGCACAGGACCGGAAAGGAUGGUGUGAAAGAGAGGAGGCCUAUACCCAGCAGUGGGUAGACCCAGGCUGAGUAGAUACAUUAUAUUUUAAAGUAAUAAUAAUACAAUAAAAAAAAUAAAAAUAUUCUAUGUUUUUUUGUUCAUAUUUUGUUUAUACUAUCAACUAUGGAUUGUGAAUCUGAAAAAUAAAUGAUUAUUAUUAUUAUUAAGGCCCCGAUUCCUGCAGACACCUCCUAAUUUUAUUUUAAGUUAUACCCGUCAUUUUCUUAUCCGCCGAAAAGGAAAGGGACGGAUGACUGACAACUGCUAAUUUUAUGAAUGAAUAACCCGGGCGAAUAAAAUAGGCAUCUCGAUCAUAUGCAAUCCUUUUUACGUGUGUUGUCAACUAAAUUCUGUCGGGUUAUUGGCCAAUAUAAAAUUUUGGAAGGGAUUUUUAAAUUUCUGCCUAAAAUUGACGUGUGUUCUAUAAAUUUUAUUGCUGUCGAUAACCCGUCCCUUUCCUUUUCGGCGGAUAAGAAAAUGAUAGGUGUAACUUAAAUUAAACUUAGAUGGUGUGUAUGGAAUAGUUUGUGUAUAUAUUUAUAUCAGCUCCUUUAUGAUGCUAGUCUUAAGUCAUUUGGAUAACCUUUAGAAAUCUCCCCGCUUAUGAAACUUAAUACCUACAUGAUAUUAUAGUUACUUACAUAAUUUUAAGUUAACGUGUAACUUUAUAAUAAACUUGUAUUUAUAUUAUAAAUAAAUUAACCUUAGUAUUUUAAGAUUUAGGGUUUUGAUAUAUAUUGAAUUUCGGACCAAUGUGAUGAUUACGAAAAGUAAAAUUUGCAAUAAAGUUAUUUUUUAA